AUGAGGUUCGAUGAGGCCAGCGGUGGUGGAAUUACCGACAGCAAAAAGAAGAGCAUCGACGAAGGAGUUAUAACCUUCAAACUUGAAGCCGAUGAUGACGCCCACGACGACCAUGGAGACAUACAUGUAGCAGGCCAUCUUGAAGACUGUGUCAGCGCCCGCAUUCGCAGUGCGGCCGAUGCGAUAAAAAAUGUGAUUAAAAAAUACCGAGAGGGAGCCAACUACGAGCGAGGACCCAGCGACGAUGUAGAAAACUGUGAACCACUUCGUGAAGAUAUCACGGAUAUGGUAGUUGCCAUAACCAACGCCGAGGCCCACAUUUGUCGCAUAGAAAAAGGCGUAGCUACAGUGGGAGGGGUGACGCGGGUGCAACGACACACCCCCGCGCCUAUAACGGACCGAAGUGACGCGGCCGCGCGGCGGGACAUGAGCGUGAAAUCUUCGUCGCAGACUGCGUAG